AGUUCAUUCAGAUCACACUACUAUGGCACGUACGAAGCAGACAGCACGUAAAUCCACCGGAGGAAAAGCUCCGAGGAAACAGCUUGCUACCAAGGCAGCCAGGAAGUCGGCCCCGGCCACCGGAGGAGUAAAGAAGCCCCAUCGUUACAGGCCCGGAACUGUCGCCCUUAGGGAAAUCCGUCGGUACCAGAAGAGCACCGAGCUCAGGAAACUGCCGUUCCAGAAGUUGGUCAGAGAAAUCGCUCAGGAUUUCAAGACCGACUUGCGUUUCCAGAGCUCUGCGGUCAUGGCCCUUCAAGAAGCUUCUGAAGCCUACUUGGUCGGUCUCUUUGAAGACACCAACUUGUGCGCCAUCCACGCCAAGAGAGUCACCAUCAUGCCUAAAGACAUCCAAUUUGCCAGGCGUAUCCGUGGGGAACGUGCUUAAGCUGUUUUCCUGCCAAAUUUCAAUGGCCUGUUGUAAAGCAUAAUCUUUCACCGUUUUUCACGGUUUGCAACAACGUGCAUAAUAUAAUACGGACCUCAUUCUAAAAUGACAUCAUUACAACUAGACUUCAAAGUACUACUUCAUUCGAACGUUUCAGCUUGGAUUAAAGUUCAAAUAAAAGAGGUGACCAUGAGAAACCUUAUCAGAUUUUUCAUUUCUUCGAACUGACCAAAAGAUAAUGACUUUUACAGCUAAAUUCAUAAAAAUCCAC